GGCGUGUAUUUAGUUUAAUCGUGGCGUUUGUAAGUAACGGUUGUUUAUUCAAAUAAAUAUUUUGAAAAUUAAACAAAAUAAUAAGAACUAGUUUAAAGUGAAGAUUGGUGUGUUUUGUUUAGAAAAGGAUGACAAAAUAAACAAAUAAUUAAAAUAAAUAAAGAAUCCUUUUUAAUAAAUUUCUAUUAAUUUAAUUUGUUGAUUAAUUUAUUGUAAAUUAAUUAAAUGAAAACAAAAUGAAGACUGCUAAACUAGAAGAAUCACCCAAAAAAACCAAAGACACCGUGUCCAACAGUGUAGAUGAUUAUGAUCCACAUGAUCAUCGAGAUGUUAAGAAUCCUACCACUAAUUGGCAGACCAUGGCACAUUUCCUUAAGGCCAGCAUAGGUACUGGCGUUUUGGCAAUGCCCAGUGCAUAUGCAAAUGCUGGUUAUAUUAAUGGUUUCAUAUUGACGGCGAUUAUUGGUGCCAUUGCUGUCUACUGUUUACACAUAUUGAUUAAUUCCAUGUACCUGCUGUGUAAACGGAAACGUGUACCAUAUUUAUCAUUCUCACAAGCCAUGACAAUUGGUUUUCAGGAGGGCCCGCCAUUUUUCAAAUGUAUUGUACCAAUUGCAACCCCCUUUGUCGAUGGUUUCCUGGCCUUUUAUCAUUUUGGUAUUUGCUGUGUGUACGUUGUCUUCAUCUCGGAGAGCAUUAAACAAAUUGUUGAUGAGCAUUUAGUAGUAUUGGAUUUAAGAAUCCACAUGUGCUUCGUAUUAGUGCCAUUAUUUUUAAUUUACAGCAUUAGAAGUUUAAGAUUUUUGGCAAUAUUCUCCUCGUUUGCCAAUGUGCUGCUGUUUGUGGGUUUUGGUGUUAUUCUGUAUUAUAUAUUUGAUGAUUUACCACCCCUAUCGGAACGUAAAGCAUUCGAGCAUAUUUCCAAGUUGCCAAUUUUCUUUGGCACAGUUUUGUUUGCUCUAGAGGCUGUUGGUGUGAUUUUAGCCAUUGAGGAGAAUAUGAAAACACCGAAGGCAUAUUUGAAACCAUUUGGCAUUAUGAAUAUCGGCAUGACAAUUGUUUUAAGUCUCUAUAUUAUUUUGGGUUUCUUUGGCUACUGGAAAUAUGGUGAUGCCUCCAAGGGCAGUGUUACAUUGAAUAUACCACAAGAAGAAAUUUUGGCACAAGUUACCAAAAUUUUAUUCGCCAUCACAACAUGGAUUUCAUAUGCGCUGCAAGGUUACGUUACGGCCGAUAUCAUCUGGCAUAAAUAUUUAUCAAAGAGAGUAAAAGACACAUCGAAACAUGUUCUCUUUGAGCUGCUCAUACGGGCCUGCAUUGUGCUUUUAACAUUUUGUUGUGCCAUUCUCGUGCCGGAUUUAUCGCUAUUUCUCUCGUUGGUCGGUUCAUUUUGUUUGUCGAUUUUGGGAAUCAUAUUCCCAGCAUUAUUGCAAAUUUGUGUACAAUACACUACUGGCUAUGGACCAUGGAAGAUACGAUUAACCAAAAAUAUAUUACUCGUGGCAUUUGGUGUCUUUGGUGGCGUGGUCGGAACCUAUGUUAGUAUUGUUGAAAUUGUGGAAGCGUAUAAAAAAUAAAA